GAACGAGAAGAAGAGCGACAAAAAAAGAAGCAGGAGUUCAAGCAAGAGAUGCUGAAGCAGGGCGAGCACGCGCAGUGGAGACUCGACUCUCAGAACCGAGAGACCAUUGAGAAGUGGGAGAAAGAGGAGAAGGAUCGGUGGGAAGAGGAGGUGUUCCGGUCCUUCGACGAGGAGACUGGAGCACUUCUGCCAGAGUCCGAGCCGACCAUCGAGGACAUCACAGAGCAGGAUCGAAGCUCUGAAGACAGAAGAGAGGCUCCGGCACCGACGGCUCCUCCACCAGUGGCUGCCAAGGCUAAGAAGUCCUCCAAGGCAGCGCCGGUAGAGGAGGACCUUUCAGAGGAGGAAGCUCCGAGAGAACCUGAGCCGAUCGUCAAGGCAGAAGAGCUCCAACGAUGGCGCGAAGAGGAGGAGACAGAGGAGUACGUACCCCAGGUGCGCGACAACCCCGGGAAGAUCGGCAUUCGCUUCACUGCUCGGCCGCGACCAGGCGUGCCGGUGCGUGACCGUGGACGCAAAGCGCCGCCAUUUCCCAAGGACGCGCCGAAGAGCGAUGCUCCGCCCAUGAUCGCCGGUGAUGAGGAGGACGAGAGUGAUCCAGUCUGGCUGAAGGACAAGGGCGACAAGCUCAUGACCCUCGGAGACUACCAGGGUGCCUACAACGCCUACACCGAGGCCCUGAAGUUGGCCUCGAAUGCGCGCUGCUUUGCGAACCGCGCCGUGGCUGCUUUGUACCUCGGUAACUUCGAACAGUGCUUGGAGGACUGCAACCGAUCCAUCCAGAUCUUGGACUUCAGGAACAAGGCUCGUCCGGGUGAGAUCUCGCAUACCGCCGACCCAGAGGACGAGAAGGUGAGGGCCCGGGUGGAGGUCAGAAUGGGUGUGGCGUUCCUCUGGCUGGGGGCCUUCCAGAAGGCUGAAGCUCAUUUCGAGAAGGCGCUCAGCAGCGAAGGGCUGGAAAUGGAGGAGGCCAAGCAGGUCCGCCUGGAUCUUCAACGCGUCCAGGCGGCGAAGAAGGCACUCCAAGAGAAAGAGCAG